GGUAAAUUCUCGUUUCACCACGAAAAAUAGGAUUUGCCCUAAUCUUCGCUGACAGCCGCCACUCAUCUUAGCUCCGUCGCCGUCUUUCUGGUUCUCAGGCGCUGCCACUGUAUACUUUAACUUACUCGCAGCUGAUUCCACCGCCAGUUUUAUUAAAGAUGAGGAAAGGAUUGCACCCUCAGAUGCAAUGGAUAUCAUAUGUGACCCCGAGUGGUCGUUUGAUUAAUUUCAUGAUGACAAAAAUACAUAGUGUUGGUAAAGUUUAUCACUUAAGGGCUAAACGUCAAUUAGCUGCAACCGAAGGACAGAUUGCUAAGUUCAACCGUCGCUAUGGGCUGGAGAAGCCGGAUGAUACUGAGAACUCAGAAAAAAAUGAAAAAUGAGUCAUGGUUGUUGGCAAUGCAAUGUUGGGUAUUUUUAGUUCGAUUUAAGCAUCUAUGUUGUCGAGUAACAUUAGUGUCGAUAGUUAAUUGAAGGUCAUUUGAUCUU